AUGCAGUGGUUGCGUUUCCUCCUUCUGGGGCUGGUCUCGCGCUGCUCAUUCGCCACGGAGCAAGACGAGCAGGAUAUCAUGACGAACAUAGCUUGCUCGGUGUAUGACUUCAAGCUUCGGAAGCCCUUCAUAGACGUACCAUUGUCUGCGACCCUGAAGGGCUACUACCAAAAACUGCUGGACCGUGCAAAGGGGAUCUUCAGUCACGAGCCGAAGAAAAAUAAGAAAGAUUGCGAGAAAUGUGUCGACGGACUCGGCUGUUGGACCUGUCAGACUUUCGGGCUCGAAGGCCUGCCUGCCGAUGAAUUGGAGCUCCCUGUUUCUAGAAACAACCUGGAGGGUCCCUCGAUAAGAAUUUCUCCCGACAAUGUCGACCGAGCCGUAGAAUCAGUCGAAAAUGGAACCUUCUUGAAUAUCAUCGUUCACGGUUAUGGCGGAAGCGCUAAACAAGAGUGGAUUACGACUCUGAAAGAUAAAAUAUUGCAAUACGACAAACGGGCUGUGAUCACGAUCGAUUGGCAAGACGGGGCCGACUCAAAAGUGAAUUACAUGCAAGCCGUCCGCAAUAGUCAACUCAUCGGCCGACAGAUCGCUUCAUUACUCUAUCAGCUCAUGAACAGAACUUCCGGAGCGAUCCACAGCAAAAGAACACAUUUAAUCGGACUCGGGCUGGGAGCGCAGAUGGCGAUUUUUUUCUGGGAUUAUUUCAGGCUCAUCAGCGACAAUUACGUCAUAUCGAAGAUCACAGCCCUCGAUCCUUCCAAAGCAUAUUUUGAGGACUAUCGGCUACAUGUGAACACUUCGAUGGCUCGGUUUGUCGAAGUGAUUCACACUUCGGCAGGGAGACUCCCCUGGCUCUCCUACGGGAUGUCGAACCCCGUAGGGCACGUGGAUUUCUACAUGAACGGGGGCUCAUCCCCCCAGCCGGGCUGCGAGUUCGCCUCGUCCCAAGGCGCUGCUUGUUCGAGUUUGCGAGCAGCUCUCUAUUAUAUCGAGGCUGUGGAUCGCUCGACCAACUGUACAUUCGAUUCUUUCGCGUGUAUCGGCGGCCUGAACCAAUACCUGGCCGGGAACUGCGACGAGGACCCGGAUUACGAUAGUACCAUCACGUUGGAUCGCACGCAGAAGUCUAUAGGCCGUGGCGUACAAAUCGUGGAGACCAAUGAUCGAUCUCCGUUCUGCAAGCCCCAAGGGCUGCCCCCGGUGCGGCCCACCACAUCGCCCCCGACAUCGCCCGCGCCGAUGAAAGACCAGCUUUGAUCCUUGUUAACAGACUUCAGGCUCAUAGCUCAAAGAAAUGAGAACCGAGCUGGUUGAACUCUAGAUCGCGUUUCCGAGCCGAAUCUCGAGGCUUCACCGGACGAGACCCCAAUCAAAUCAUCAGUGAGAUCGAAUAAAGAA